AUGUAUGAGCUGAAGCCAAGGCGGGCAUUUCCAACCCUAGACGGCACUCGGUGUUCAUGGAGAGACAAAGGGUUUGAGGUUACAGAUUCGAGCCAGCGACUAAUGCCUAUCCCUUCAACUAAGGGCCAUGACGGAAACCGCCACACCGCCAUCACUGCCCACAGGGCCCCGGCUGGCCUUAAUUGUCUGUUUCGCAUGCAUUGCGCUUCUCCUCCAGGCUUUGGUACUUGCACCGCAUCUCGAGACACGACCAUUGUUUCGACAGCAAUUCCAGCCAUCUCGGAGGAGUUUAAAACCACCCAGGAUGUCGGUUGGUAUGGCUCCGCCUACUUCCUGACCAUGUGUGCCUUUCAGAUCUCCUGGGGUCGGGUAUACACUUUCUAUGACCUUAAGACGACGUACAUUGUGGCCAUUGUUAUCUUCGAGGUGGGUAGUUUGUUGUGCGCCGUCGCACCUACUUCGACCACUUUCAUCGUGGGACGCGCCUUUGCCGGCCUAGGCGCUGGAGGGGUUUUCUCUGGCAGCUUCGUCACUAUCGCCUUCAGCGUCCCAUUGGCGAAGCGGCCGCUCUAUGCUAGUUGUCUUGGCACAGUGUAUGGCGUUGCUAGCAUUCUAGGACCGCCCAUAGGUGGUGUGUUCACCUCAAGACUAAGCUGGCGUGGUUGUUUCUAUAUGAACCUGCCCCUCGGUGCCAUCGUGAUCGCUGGGUUGAUACCAUUCUUUAAGUCCCCGCAGACAUCGGCCCGGCUCGCAAGCCUGGCGCCUAAAGAGAAACUCAAGCGACUGGAUCUAGCAGCCCUGCAAUGGGGUGGCCAGACAUACUCAUGGUCAGACGGACGCAUCAUCGCUUUGCUAGUGCUCUUCGGGGUCACAUUUAUCGGAUGGAUAGCUUGGCAAGCACACCUAGGCCCAGUAGCUACCAUUCCGCGGACAAUAAUUAGGCAGCGGAGUAUGUUGUUUGCGUCGUUUUAUUCCUUUACGCAGGGCGGCGUCAACUUUGGCAUACUCUACUAUGUGCCUCUUUGGUUCCAGGCCGUCAAGGGUCAUGACGCCGUGCGUAGCGGCCUCGAUAUCGUGACAUUCAUCGCAGGAAUGACGGUUACAAUGAUGAUAACCGGGUACAUUCUCACCAAAGGCGGCUACUCAGCGCCAUUCAUGGUCUUAUGCGUCAUCGUGGUCAGCGUUGCCUGUGGCCUGCUCACGACGUGGACCCCCAACUCGGGCGUUGCUAAGAUUUUCGGCUACUUGACCUUGUACGGUCUCGGUCAAGGCUUUGGCUGGCAACAGCCCAUUCUCAUUGCACAGACCGUGCUUCCGGCGGCCCGAUAUUCCCACAGGAAUGUCGCUCACAACCGUAUGCAAGCUUCUCGGCGCCAAAGCUUGUUCAACAACAAGCUGCGUGGCCUAGUUAUCCAGCGUCUUCCACAGCUGGAUCCAGAUGACCUAAUGACCAGUGGCGCCAUCGAGCUGCGUUCCAGGCUGGACGCAAGCCUUAUUCCAAAAGCUGCAUCCUGUUAUAACGACGCCCUAAGACGUCUGGUGUUGAUGCUGGCCCUCAGUACCGCCAGCCUUGUUGCCGCUCUGGGGAUUGAUGGAGAAGCGUGA